GGGUGCUCAACUGGGACACUCUGAGAUAUUGCCCCAGUGCCACCAGCUCCCCACAGAUCCUCAGAUUCACCGCCUGCCCCACGGUCACGAAGCCAUGCUGAUCCUGAGGUGCCCAGCCCAGCUGCAGCUCCUGGAGGAGACCCUGCGGAAGAGCCUGCCCACCACCCUGCCGGUCCUGGGGACUGUGAUGACGGUGGCCAGGGGGAACCCAGCCUCCCACGAGGUGCUGGUGGACUCCUGGCCCAAUUUCGGCAUUGUCCUGACCCGCCUGCGCCCAGAGGAACACAGGGACCCCAUGGACUACUACACCAACCAGCUCUCUGUGUUCUACCGGGACAAGGGAGCCCUGCAGGCACUGCUGGAGGGCACUGAGGCGGUGACCCGGGAAAGAGCCUUCCAGAUUCUGGGGAUGCAGGACGAGCUGGACGAGGCUGUGCAGGAGGUGGCCAGUGCCAGGGGACUGAAGGUGGAGACGAUCCGGUACAGGGCACUGAUGAGCCCCAAGCCCCCACAACCCCGCAGGCAGAUGCCCCCAGGCCUGCGCCUGGCAGCCGUGUCCCCAUCCCACAUCCCUCUGCUCAACGCCACGUGGGCCCUGGGGGGCAAUGCCCGCAGCCGGGCGUUCCUGCUGGGGCUGGUGCGGACGCUGCCCUCCGCCUGCCUGCUGGACCGGUGCGGCCGCCCGGUGUCCUGGAGCCUGCUGGACGGGCAGGGCUGCAUGCGCCACGGCUACACCGUGCCCGCCUGGCGAGGGCAAGGCCUCACCGGGCUCGCAGUGGCCGUGCUGGGCCGGGAGCUGUACGCCCGAGGCUUCCCCAUCUACGGAGCCGUGCUGCCCCACAAUACGCCCUCGCUGCGCUGCCUGCAAGCCAUCGGCUUCGUGCCCCAGCCCGGAACCUUCUACAUGAUCCUAGGCACCCCGAAAUAGCGCCCAGGGAUGAGGUGCCAAGCUGGGGGUGCCUGUCCUCAGGGUGGGGUUAUCUGGGCCCAGGGGGGCCCAGAUGCCCUCCCUGCAAGAGAGGGGAACACCCCAAAUCCCACACUGAGCUCCGAAUGUGGAAUGUUCUCUCUGCUCCCGGCUGAUGGCACUGACAGGAACAUCCCGUUCUCUCUGGCCCCCAGCGGGGUGUGGCACGGGUGGGGCGGGGGGCUGGAGAAAGGCUUUUAUUCGUUCAUACAAGAAUAGAUCUUCUGCAAUAAAUAACCCAAUAAAUAAACAAACAUC